AUGCCAGGCGAUUUCAAAGAUGGAGUUAGCGACAGAGAUAGAGAUGCCGCUACCCCACCUUCAGAUCCAGGACCAACGGGACCAGUCCAGAGGCUCGAUGCUGGUAGAAAUCGCACGAAACCAGCCUCUCAAGCUACCGCAGGAACUCUAACGCUGGGACUGUCAGAUGAAGACCUGUGGAUGCUCAUCCGACGGUUCAACAAACAAAUAUAUCAUGUCAAAACAGCAGCCAACACCGCCUCGGAAGAUCUCGAUCUGAACAGGGCGCAGGAUGAGCAGUUUCCUCCGGAGAAGCUCCGGAUCACAAUCGAGCGUUUCUAUACGUCGGUGGUGAUUGGGAUCGUGUGUUUCUGCGGCCAUAUCGCCCGGCUACGGUCGUGGAAAGAGCCGCGACGGACGGGGAUUUUGUGUGCAGGUUAUUUUAUUGCCUGGCUGUUUGACGUCGUCAUUUUUACCAUAUCAGGACUUUUGAUUGCCUUGAUUUUGUGUGCGCCACUCCGUCAGGCGCUGUUCCCGUCUUCCGACUUAGAGGAUUUGGCAACUGGAGAGCCCAGAAAACAGGACAGCGCCACUGAGACCUCGGAAAGGCACAAAGGAGAAGCUGAUGAGCAGGAGGCGCACAAUCUUGUCAAUAGAGUCGCGACCAUUGCCAUGAAAAGUGCUACAGGUAAAUACGGACAGGCUGUGCCUGAAGAUGCUGUGAAGGUCGCCGAACCGGAGAGUCUCGAAGAUGUUGCCGAUGCGACAGAGACGCUGGGUGAGAGCGUUGCAGAGGCGACGCAGCAGCCGAUAAAGAGGAAGGUAGCCAAUGCUACAGACCAGAUGAUGCGGAUGAUGAGCGACCUUACGGAUACGUAUGAGAAGUUCUGCAAUCUCCUUUCACCCACGCCUCCAUUCGCCACAUACACCCCUCGUCUACGUCUGGUGGGAAUCAUGGCCUCUGUUUGUCUGCUAUCGCUUGUCGUGUCGAGCAAUUUCAUGAUCAAGGCUACUUCCUUUGCACUCGGUCUGGGCUUCUUUGGAGACCCCGUCAUUGAUUACAGCGUAGAUUACCUCAAUCGCACGAUCCCCAACUGGAGGGAAUACCUCGACCUGCGAAAAACACUCCUCAAAGGAGUCCCAACCAACGCGCAAUUGACACUAACCCUGCUACGCCUCGGAGAAAUCCACUCCUCUCCUCUCCCUGCACCACCAGACGCCGAAGACAAGGAAUCCUCAUGGCUCAUCCGCCGCAAACCACGCAACGUCAUCGCCUCCAACGGAAUUUUGACCAACCAAGAAGCCACCGACUCGGCAAACUUACACACCGACCAGCAGAUCGAGCCAAGAAAAGGGUUCUUCAAAGUCCUCCGAUUCGUCCGCCGCACAAUCGCAACCGCAAUCAAAAGCCACGGUGCAUUCGACCGCGCCAUGCGCAUCGCCAACUCGGCACACACGCGAACCCUCCUCGAACUCCUGGCAAAGAAGGAUUGGUUCGCGGCGCCUACGGGUCCCCUCAAAUUCGAAGCAAAGUUCCAGCGAAAGCGCGGGACGGCUGUGAUUGACUCGACUCAGGAACCGCCCGUGCUGUAUUUCACGACGACGCAAUCUGCGUCGAUCGAUGAUUUGAGGUUGGAAAGCCAGAAGAAGGGAUCUGUUUUGUUUCAGAUCCGUGUCAGUGAUAUUACAGAGCUCAAGAAGACGGAAGGGCUGGGUUGGAAGGGGAAGCUGAUUGUUGAGUUGACGGCGGGGAGUAAAGAGGCUGCGGAUGGGUUGGUUAUUUCAGGGAGCGAAAGUGAGCAGGCUUAUCAUUUGACGGGGAUGAAAGCGAGAGAUCAGUUGUUUAAUCGCUUGAUUGCCAUUGAUGCGCACUGUUGGGAGAGCCGUUAA